ACGUUUAUCACAGUCCUCUCUCGUUCUCCUCUCUCUCGCUCCCUUUCUCUCUUGCUCUCUCGCUCAGGCUCUCUCUCUCCCGCUUUUUCCCUCCCCGAGAGGGACUAUAUGUUGAGAGAGUAGUGGGUUCGGCCGUGGAAAAGGAAUACAAAUCUAGGUGCUCACUGGUAUAAUAAGGGGAACCCUUACAGACCAACUCUGCUGGUCCGGGGGAGCAAGCGCUGCUAUUGACAUUCUGAGAGGCUCGGCGACUGGAUUCCUCUAUACGCACUCCACAGGGCUGGGACACACACAAAGAAAGGACUCUCCUGUUUCUUUGGAGGACUGGAGUUUCCAAGCAGCCGGGAACGUGAGAUAGGGCAAGAGAAGAUUCUCAAGGUUUGCUGCCCGAGAAGCAGACAGUAGACCGUUAAUGUCUCCAAAGACUGCCCACCCAAGACCCUGAGUUACGGGACACAGGAGGGACCCAGAAAUUAAUCAGAUAAACCCACAACAGUAGACCUCUGACGACCACAGAGAGGAGAAUUAUGGGAGCGCUCAUGGUUAUCUUCUCCCUGCAGCCUAAACAGCGGAACAAGAGAAAAGACAGCGUGGAAGAUGAGUUGGAGAUGUCCACGGUGCGCCACCGGCCCGAGGGCCUGGAGCAGCUGGAGGCUCAGACCAAGUUCUCCAGGAAGGAGCUGCAGAUCCUGUACCGAGGCUUCAAAAACGAGUGCCCGAGCGGAGUCGUCAAUGAAGACACAUUCAAAGACAUCUACUCUCAGUUUUUCCCACAGGGAGAUGCGUCCACUUACGCCCACUUCCUGUUUAAUGCCUUUGACACGGAUCACAAUGGCUCUGUGAGUUUUGAGGACUUCGUCAUGGGCCUGUCUAUACUGUUGCGAGGGUCUGUCCAAGAAAAGCUGAACUGGGCAUUUAAUUUGUACGAUAUCAAUAAAGAUGGAUACAUAACUAAAGAGGAAAUGCUUGACAUUAUGAAAUCUAUUUACGACAUGAUGGGGAAAUGUACAUAUCCGAUUCUCAAAGAGGAAACUCCUAGACAGCACGUGGAAAUUUUCUUUCAGAAAAUGGACAAAAACAAAGAUGGGGUCGUCACCAUAGAUGAGUUUAUCGACUGCUGCCAAAAUGAUGAAAAUAUAAUGCGGUCAAUGCAGCUCUUUGAAAAUGUCAUUUAGAAGUGGAGGAGUGUCCUGGACUCUCUCAGAGGUCACAUCCUCCUCCUUCAGGACAGCCUCUGAGAGGGACCUUUAAUUCCAUUCUGUGUGAUGUCACCACCUUUCACCGGGGUGCGUUCUGUGUGUGGGAGAAUUAUGCAAAAUAAGUUUAUUUCAUUCUACAGCUCCCAUGAUUUAAAUCCCGAAUAAGGUUUUAUUAUUAUUAUUAUUAUUAUUAUUAUUAUUGUUUCCUGUUUGAUAGUCUACAUUUCUUGUUUCUUGUUUUGUGUUGUAGAAAUGGGGGGGGGGGGGGGAAUAACAUCCGGAUUCUUUUACAUGUAAAAGCAAGCAUUUCAGCUGGCUGCUGGUCACUGGUCAUCGAGGUCCAGUUUGGUCGGCCUGAUAUCCAUGUCUCUUUGCGUUUGUGUCAUGCUGGUAUGGCCUCCCUUUGGAGAGAUUAUGUCAUUCUGUUAAAUUUGUGUUUUUGGGACUGUAUGCGCUCACUUUUGUGCCCCUUCAUCGACGUGCGAGUGUCACAGGACACCACCGCUGUUUGUUACGAGGAACUGCAUUCUACCACGCUACUACAGCUGAGACAGAUGAUGAGUGUUGCCUUAGGAUUCUCCCAGAAUGUUGCCGUCUAGCGGUGCCUGUGCUCCCUCUGUGUGCUAUAUGUUCAUUAAUGCUUCUGCGUCGCUUUUAAACUCUGGAAUGACCAUGAGCCGCUCCGUCAGCCCGACACGGCAGAAGCAUGCUCGAUCAAACUUGAAAUCUCAUGUCUGACGAAAUGCUCCAGUGUGGACAAAGAGUCCGUUGGAACACUUUUUCUACAGCUGUAGAUACUGAAUAAAUGAAGUUGCAGACGCGUU